AUGCGCGAGGAACACAAAACCUGUAUACUGCCUGUCGCCGGCGUUCAUGACCAUGUCCUUUUGCCUGCUAGCGAGUUCAAAUGGCUUGUCAGCCAGCCUGAAUCUGAUGUCGACUACCGCGUGGAAGACGAAGACCAAUUUGAACAUAUUUUGUUUCUAAAUCAGCGCCUCCUCCGUACCAUCCUUCGUAACCGGCUCAUUUCUACGGUCCUAACUAGGGAAACUUACAACACAGUCCCAGCUCUGCUUGACGAGAUACGGUUCACUGUGGAUAGCCUCUUUGGAACAGACACUGAGAACUUCCAUGAGAUUUGCAUGCGCAGCAUGGUACAAAAUGUCUCAUGCCAGGUAAUGAAUCGUGUCUUCGUUGGCCAAUCCAUAAGCCGCAGUGCCAAGUUAAGCAACGCAGCUAUUGCGUACAUGACAAAUAUACCGACGGUCUCGAGAACAAUACGCUUCAUAUGGAGGCCGCUCCAGCCACUUGCCGCCUUGUUCCUCACCUUACCGGCCCGCAUCCGUACCUGGAGGAUCUAUGAUAUUCUAGGCCCAGAAAUAGAACGGCGGUUAGCGGCAGCCGAAGCAAACAGCGUCGACCCUGAGCUCGAGGCUACAGAGAACGAUUUCUUGCGGUGGAUCAUCGAUGAUAUGAAGCUGUCUAGCUCUAUGACGCAUGCGAUCAUGGACCUGGCGUGUUCCAAGUACGAGUACAUUGAUGAGCUACGCGUCGAGAUUGCAUCCGUAAUAGCCAAAAAUAGCGGCAAAUUCGAUAAGCGGGCGCUGGCAUCUAUGGUGAAGCUUGAUAGCUUGAUGCGCGAGUCGCAGCGCAUCAACACGCUUACGACAUUUUCUGCUCCCCGCUUUGUGAUCAAGAAAGGGGGCAUCGAGACGCCGUCAGGCAUUCACGUUCCACAAGGCGCAGUCCUGGUCGUCCCGACGUACUCGAUUAUGCAUGAUGCCGCCAUAUAUCCGGAUCCCUAUACCUUCAAGCCGUUCCGGUUCGCAGGGGAACCCACUGCGCCUGAUUGGGAAGGCGGCAAUAGCAAUACUCAAGGAUCGCCGCCGCCGACGACUCCCCGGCAGAUGCCGCAAGCUUGGGUUAAGGUAGCCCCCGAAUAUGCGUCAUUCGGGUACGGGCCCCACGCAUGCCCAGGACGUCAUAUCGCGGCCGUCGGGGUGAAGCUGAUGAUGGCGUAUAUCAUUGCUCAUUACGACUUCGAGAUGCAAGGCAAACGACCGAAGAACAUCUGGUCCGGGUCUGUCCUAUUGGGGCCGCAAAGGACGACGGUCCGGAUUAGGAGGAGGAAGGAGAAGGAUAUUGUUUUUGCUUGA